CACUGUAGGCUGCGCAUGUGCUCUCCUUCCUGUCCGUCAGUCCCGUCACCACCGAGACUGGGGAACGGAGGACAGAACGUCACCGGAAGCGGAAAGGGAGCCUUGCAAGCACCCAGGAACCGGAGUCAUGGUGGACGUUAAAGAUGCGCUGUUAUCCGUGCUGCCGAGUAUCCGGAUCCCCCGGGCUGGUGACCGAGUGCACAAGGAUGAGUGUGCAUUCUCCUUCCACACCCCGGAGUCGGAUGGCGGACUGUACAUCUGCAUGAACACCUUCCUAGGGUUUGGUAGACCCUAUGUAGAACGACACUACAGUAAGACUGGCCAGAGAGCCUUCCUGCACAUCAAGAGGACCGCAAAACCGGUACUAGGACUGGAUUGCAAGUCUGAUGACUCCAGCUCUAACAUAGGAGAUCCUCCUCGCAAGAAACCAACCCGUCUCGCAAUAGGAAUGGAGGGCGGAUUUGACAUGUGUGAUGAGCAGUGCGAGUAUGAGGAAGAGUUGAAAUUGGUCAUUCUGCCCGAGUUCCUGGAGAUUCAACGGGAUGGACUAUUGGGACUCCCAGAGAUGGUCAGGGACCGGGUAACUUCUGCCAUUGAUGCCAUCUUAGCAGCCGAUUCCGCUUCCCGCAAGCAGGAAAUCCAGGCGUGGGACGGGGAGGUGAGACAGGUCUCGAAGCAUGCGUUCAACCUCCAGCAGCUAGAGGGAGCUCCUCGCAUUCCUCCAUGCGGCUGGAAGUGUAGUGUCUGUGACCUGCGGGAGAAUCUGUGGCUCAAUAUGACCGAUGGCGCUAUCCUUUGUGGGAGGCGAUACUUCGAUGGCAGCGGAGGGAACAACCACGCUGUUCAGCAUUACAGAGAGACUGGGUACCCACUCGCUGUCAAACUGGGCACUAUCACCCCCGACGGAGCUGAUGUCUACUCCUAUGAUGAAGAUGAUAUGGUUCUGGAUCCCAGCCUGGCUGAACACCUGGCUCACUUUGGUAUUGAUAUGAUGAAGAUGCAGAAGACGGACAAGACCAUGACGGAAUUGGAAAUCGAUAUGAACCAGCGGAUUGGAGAGUGGGAGCUGAUCCAAGAGUCGGGGGUACAGCUGCAGCCCCUGUACGGACAAGGAUACACAGGCAUGCGCAACCUGGGGAACAGCUGCUAUCUGAACUCCACCAUGCAGGUUAUAUUCAGUAUACCUGCCUUCCAACGCAAGUACGUAGAACGAAUGGAGCACAUUUUCCAGAAGGCACCGGCUGAUCCUACACAAGACUUCAGCGCACAAGUAGCCAAGCUUGGCAGUAGUUUGUUAUCUGGUGAAUACUCAAAGCCGGCUCCUGAGAGAGAGGGCGACAGUCAAGAGCAGAAGGGGCUGCAGGACGGAAUUGCACCACGUAUGUUUAAAUCACUGGUUGGAAAGGGACAUCCUGAGUUCUCUACUAACCGGCAGCAGGACGCCCAGGAGUUCUUCCUGCACUUCAUAAACAUGGUGGAGAGGAAUUGCCGCAGCUCGUCUAAUCCCAACGAGGUUUUCCGGUUUCUGGUGGAGGAAAAGAUAAAGUGUCUGGUUUCUCAGAAGGUGAAGUACACCCAGCGGGUGGAGUACAUCCUGCAGCUACCCGUGCCCAUGGAAGCGGCAUUAAACAAAGAGGAGCUGUCUGCCUAUGAGCAGGCCCGAUUACAAGCAGAGCAAGAUCACAGACCCCCUCCUGAGCUAGUCCGAGCCCGGAUCCCAUUCACGUGCUGUUUGGAGGCCUUUGCUGCCGCUGAGCAGCUCGACGAGUUCUGGAGCGCCGCCCUGCAGGCCAAAUCUAAUGCACUCAAGACCUCCCGAUUUGCCUCAUUCCCCGAUUACCUGGUCAUCCAGAUUAAGAAAUUCACCUUUGGCCUGGACUGGGUUCCGAAGAAACUUGAUGUAUCUAUUGAUGUCCCAGAAGAGCUGGACCUAUCCCAGUUUCGGGGUGGGGGGCUGCAAGGGGGUGAGGAAGAACUUCCAGAUGUUGCUCCCCCAUUGGUGACCCCAGACGAGCCCAAAGGUAGCCUUGGUUUCUAUGGCAACGAUGAUGACGACUCGUACUGCUCCCCCCACUUCUCCUCUCCGACAUCUCCGAUGCUGGAUGAGUCGGUGGUCACACAGCUGGUGGAGAUGGGGUUCCCGGCGGAAGCGUGUCGCAAAGCUGUGUAUUACACUGGCAAUAGUGGCGCAGAGGCUGCAAUGACGUGGGUGAUGUCACACAUGGAUGACCCAGACUUUGCUCAUCCUUUGGUAAUAUCGGGCGUCAGUGCUCCAUCUUCUGUCCCAACAGGAGGGGACCCCCCUUCAGAGGAGCACAUAGCAACUAUUAUAUCCAUGGGCUUCUCUCAAGAGCAGGCUGUGAGAGCUCUCCGUUCCACCAGCAACAGUCUGGAGAGAGCUGUGGACUGGAUCUUCUCUCACAUUGAUGACCUGGAUGCAGAGGCUGCCAUGGACCUCUCAGAGGGGCGGUCCGCUGCGGAGUCUGUGUCCGAAAGCAUUCCGGCUGCUGGACCUCGCGUAAAAGACGGAAAUGGCCGAUAUGAACUGUUUGCCUUCAUCAGUCACAUGGGGACUUCCACCAUGUGUGGUCACUACGUGUGUCAUAUAAAGAAGGAUGGCCGGUGGGUGAUCUACAAUGACCAGAAGGUCUGCGCGUCUGAGAAGCCUCCAAAAGACCUUGGUUAUAUUUACUUUUACCAGCGUGUGCAGAGCUAAUCUCCCCCUCCCCUCUAGUACCUGUUUUAUGCCCCUGGAUGUCACUCCUUGCAAGGAGUAAUGGGAUGGAGGGUCUCUCUCGUUCAGUUCCUCAAGGCUUGGGGGCAGCUUUAUUCGUGGGUAAUUUCAGCGAGACCUUCCCAUCCUUUUCAAGAGAGUUUUGGAUGGUCCCAAUCCGCCAAUCCCAUCACUGCACUCCCCCAGCACUUACAGCAGUGGAUGGGUCUGACACGGAGGGGGUCACUCACUCUUCUUCUGAAUUGGGGGCUGGACUUGGCAAGGCACUAGCGGUGGAGUUCUGACACGUGGGCAUAUCUGCGUGACCUCAGCUGGGUGCGGAGAACGCUCUGACUGUUGUUGGCUGAUUUAUGUAUUCCCAGAACUGACCCUGUGUGAAUAAAGAUUUUUCCCCACCAUA